AUGGCGUCCACCGAUAUUGCUACCAGGGAGCUCAAGAAUCCCGUCGACCUUGCGGAGUACCUGUUCCGCCGCCUCCACGAGGUUGGCAUCCGCGCAGUGCACGGUGUACCCGGUGAUUACAAUCUGGUGGCACUAGACUACCUACCUAAAUGUGAUCUCAGCUGGGUCGGAAACUGCAACGAGCUCAACGCCGGCUACGCCGCCGAUGCUUAUGCUCGUGUCAAGGGUAUCAGUGCUCUGAUCACUACAUUCGGUGUAGGAGAGCUGUCCGCUCUCAACGCGAUUGCAGGUGCAUACUCCGAGUUCGUUCCCAUCGUUCACAUUGUUGGCCAACCCACCACCCAAUCACAGAAGGAUGGAAUGCUGCUUCAUCACACUCUUGGAAACGGCGACUUCAAUGUGUUCAACAAAAUGAGUGAAGGGAUAUCGUGUGCCGUUGCCCGUUUGAACAGCCCUCAUGAUGCGGCGACCUUGAUCGAUAAUGCGAUUCGGGAAUGCUGGAUUCGAAGUCGCCCAGUAUAUGUCACCUUGCCCACUGAUAUGAUCCAUGCGAAGGUGGACGGUGAUCGAUUGAAAACGCCCAUUGAUCUUUCGCUGCCCAAGAACGACCCCGAGAAGGAGGACUACGUGGUUGACGUUGUCUUGAAGUAUCUCCAUGCCGCCAAGAACCCCAUCAUUCUCGUGGAUGCCUGCGCUAUUCGUCACCGCGCAUUGGAAGAGGUCCGCGAUCUGGUGGAGAAGUCUGGCUUGCCCACUUUUGUGACCCCGAUGGGUAAGGGUGCCGUCAACGAAAGCCACAAGAACUUCGGGGGUGUUUAUGCUGGAACUGGAUCCAACCCGGGAGUCAGUGAGGCCGUCGAGGCCUCCGAUCUCAUUCUCAGCAUCGGUGCGAUCAAGUCUGACUUCAACACCGCUGGGUUCACUUAUCGCAUUGGACAGCUGAACACUAUUGAUUUCCACAGCACCUAUGUUCGAGUCCGAUACUCGGAGUACCCCGAUAUCAACAUGAAGGGUGUUCUGAGGAAGGUUGUUCAGCAGAUGAAGGCUCUUAGCCCGGCCCCCGUGCCUCCUAUCAACAACCGACUUCCCGAGGAAGAGAAGUCUUCCACCGAUCAGACCAUCACCCAUAAGUGGCUCUGGCCAAUUGUUGGACAGUGGUUGAAGGAGAAUGACAUUGUGCUCACUGAAACCGGAACAGCCAACUUUGGUAUUUGGGAUACACGCUUCCCUGCAAACGUGACUGCCAUCAGCCAGGUCCUUUGGGGAAGUAUUGGAUACUCCAUGGGAGCCUGCCAGGGCGCUGCCCUCGCCGCGAAGGAGCUGAAUAACCGCCGAACAAUCCUUUUCAUCGGCGAUGGAAGCAUCCAGUUGACGGUGCAGGAGCUGAGUACAAUUCUGAAGAACAAGCUGAACCCUAUUGUGUUUGUGAUUUGCAACGAGGGCUACACCAUCGAGCGAUACAUCCACGGUUGGGAUGCAGAAUACAACGACAUCCAGCCAUGGGACUUCGCGAACAUCCCCAAGGUCUUUGGGGCCAAGGAUAACUACCAAGGCUACCGCAUCAAAACUCGUGAUGAGCUCAACCAGCUGUUCACCGACGAAUCCUUCAAUGUCUCCGAUAAGCUUCGGCUGGUGGAGCUAUACAUGCCUCGUGACGAUGCCCCUGCGGGCCUCAAGUUGACUGCUGCGGCAGCUGCCAAGCGGAAUGAGUGA